AUGAGGGCUUCACCACUUACUCCUUUUUGGUCCAUUGCUUUUCUGUCUUCGCUGGCGCCGAGCCAUGCAUCAACUCUUGAGAGACGCGACCUCGUGCCACCAACCGACGCCGAUCUUGGUAAUGGCUGGGUGUACCAAGGUUGCUAUGUUGAGGGUACCACGGGACGCGCUUUGCUGCAAGGCGCUGGCUCGGUUCCGGGAGACCAAAUGACGGUGGCUAAAUGCACAGCAGCUUGCGCAGCAGCAGAUGCAACGAAUACUCUUGCAGGCGUUGAAUAUGGCGGCGAAUGCUACUGCGGCAAGAGGAUUUCCAAUGGCGCGCAGCCCGCGUCGGCCAGUAAGUGCAGCAUGGUCUGCAAUGGCAACAGCACCGAGUAUUGCGGCGGCCCGGGUGCUAUGAACAUUUACAACCUGGGCGGCACAUUGCCCACGAGACAUGGCCCCAACAGCACGUCGGGAGGUGCCGAUCCAACCACAACACCCACAGGAACGCCAUCGGCGUGUCCAGCCCAGCCGACCACCGUCGACGUAUGGUUCUCUUUUGGCUGCUAUACCGAGGCCACAGACGGGCGAGCCCUCAGCGACAAGACUUAUGCCGACGACGCCAUGACCCUGGCCACUUGCGCCAAAUUCUGCGCAGGUUACACGUAUUUCGGCGUCGAGUAUUCGCGCGAAUGCUACUGCGGGAACAAGUUGAAUACGGGUUCCAAAAAGGCGGCUGCGGCUGACUGCAGCAUGGUCUGCUCGGGCUCCAGCUGCGACCUUUGUGGGGGCGGUGACCGUCUCUCCGUCUACACCCUCGGGGGCGGUGGUGUCGAUCCCGGCGCCUCAUCCUCAUUUUCUGAUGCUUCCGCAACUUCGACAGGGGCACCUGCUGCCACGGGCCUGCCAACCGGCUGGUCUGCCUAUGGCUGCUGGGUUGACGGCGUGAACGGCCGUAUUCUUAACAAGCAGCUCCCCGAUGACCCCAACUUGACUCUCGAGUCUUGUGCAAAGGCAUGCAGCGACCAAGGUUUUACCAUUGCCGGUGCCGAGUAUUCACGACAGUGCUUCUGCGGCAACUCCAUCGUCAACGGCGGCGUGAAAGCCAAGUCUGAUGCCGAGUGCAAUACUGCUUGCGGCGGCAAUUCCAACGAAUUUUGCGGUGGCGGCGGCAGAAUGAGCAUCAUGUCCAUGGGCGAGCCCCAAGUCGUUGCACCUCCGGGCGUUAUUCCUACCGUUGGCCAGUGGGAGUAUCAAGGAUGCUACCAGGACAAUGUCAACCAGCAGAGGACCUUCUUCUGGCAAAACUUUAUGAACACCGACAUGACUCCCAAGAAGUGUCUUGACCUCUGCGGCUCCUUUGGCUACAUGGCUGCCGGCCUUGAGUACGGUAAAGAAUGCUAUUGCGGUGACCCAGCCAAUAUUGCCGUUCAAGGUUCCCAAAAGGUUGAUGACAAGCAGUGCAAUAUCCCAUGUGCUGGAAACGCGUCUGCGUACUGCGGUGGUGGCAGUCUGUUGACCACGUACUUCUGGAGGGGAGACCCAUUCUACUCGUGGAACUUCCCUGCUGCCGGUUCGCCUGAUGCUGGUUCUUACGAAUUUCUCAUUGGCGGCGUUUGUGUCCCUCUCAUCACUUCCCAGGCCAUCACGGGCAAAGUCACCUUCCUUGAGAAAUGGGGAACUGGACCGCCAAACUCAACUGGUGCUUACGAACUGGAUCUUUCCCAAAUUGACAAUUUCAAGGCUGCCUGGAGAGAAAUGCAUGUCAAGACUGACAUUUUCUGCGCUGGUGGCUUGACGCUUCCUGACAAGGCUGGCCGACAGCUUAACGUUGGCGGCUGGUCUGGAGAUUCAACGUAUGGCGUUCGCCUGUACACUCCCGACGGCUCUCCUGGUGUGCCCGGCAAGAAUGACUGGGAGGAAAAUGCCGCCGUGCUCAAGCUGCAACAAGGCCGUUGGUAUCCUACUGCUAUGAUCAUGGCCAACGGCUCUAUUCUUGUCAUUGGUGGUGAAGUUGGCUCCAACAGUGCUCCUGUGCCAACACUGGAGAUUCUCCCAUACACCGGCACCAAGCCUCUCUACAUGGAAUGGCUUGAGAGAACGGAUCCCAAUAACUUGUAUCCCUACGCCUGCGUUCUACCGUCGGGAGGUAUUUUUGUCGCCUACUACAAUGAAGCCAGAAUUCUGGACGAGAACAACUUCAACACCAUCAAGACGCUUCCCAACAUUCCUGGCGCCGUCAACGACCCCAUGGGCGGCCGUACCUAUCCUCUUGAAGGCACUGCGGUUCUUCUCCCUCAACAUGCCCCUUAUACCGAUCCUCUCGGGAUCCUCAUCUGCGGCGGUUCUACCAAUGGCGCUGCCAAUGCUUUGGACAACUGUGUGAGCACCUACCCUGACUCUGCCAACCCCAAGUGGGAACUCGAGCGCAUGCCCUCUCAGCGUGUCAUGACGUGCAUGGCCCCUCUCCCCGACGGCACAUAUAUGAUUAUGAACGGCGCCCACCACGGUGUUGCUGGCUUCGGUUUGGCCAAGGAUCCCAACCUGAACGCUCUGCUCUACGACCCCACCAAGCCCCUUGGCUCUCGUAUUACCGUCAUGGCUAAUACCACUGUGGCCCGUCUCUAUCACUCCGAGGCCAUCACUUUGCUCGAUGGCCGCGUCCUUGUCUCUGGUUCAGAUCCUCAGGACGGCGUCAACCCGGAGGAGUAUCGUGUUGAGACCUUUAGCCCCCCUUAUUUGAAGAGAGGCAAGCCUCGUCCGACCUUUACUCUUAACAACAAGGACUGGUCCUAUGGUCAGCAGGUCACCUUCUCGCUGGGCUCUGCAGCUCAAAACGGCGAUAUUAAAGUGUCUCUGUUGGGGUCCGUAUCCAGCACUCACGGCAACUCUAUGGGUGCUCGUACCCUCUUCCCUGCCGUCUCCUGCAGCGGAACCUCUUGCACGGUUACUUCUCCUCCCAGCAAGUACAUUGCCCCUCCAGGCUGGUACCAGUUCUUCGUCUUGGACGGUGGUAUUCCCGCUGUUGGUGUCUAUGUCCGCAUUGGUGGUGACCCCGCUGGUCUAGGCAACUGGCCCAAAGGCACUGGAUUUAACCCUCCCGGCGUUUAG